AUGGUGCGCCCAAUUCCUGUUGCGUUAGCAUCUUGUACUCGGUUUUUGGAAGCAAUGUCUGCAAUGAGAGAGUUAUUUUCUACACUUCAAAAUUUGAGAGUAGAUCAUUCCUCUUCCUCCUUGCCCGCAACUCCAGCCAAGAAUCCUUCUCAAAGAACGGUAGGGGUUUCUGAAUACAUGACUCCACCACCUUGGAGAAAUAAAUCAAGCUUUGAUGAUUUAGCCAUUAGAAGCAUCGGAAGGCAAGAAAUGGAACGGCAAGAAGUGGAAGAUGUAAAAAGCGAAGUUGGCGACUCUCAGCAGGUUGAUGGCAUGAGCCACAGGAGACUGUCUUGGCCGCCUCCACUCAAAAAUAGUGGAUUGUAA